AUGACAUGGACCUGGACGGCCCCUGUCGGAGUGAAGCUCGUCCUCAUCAUCGCCGUCAUCGCCUGUCGCUUCUUUAGGCCGCCGCACCCUCCUACCCUCCUCGAAAAUAUUAUCCACACCGCCGUCUUCCUCGCCGCAUUCUGGGCCUUCUGGGGAUCCAUCAUUGAGCACCUCGUCCUGUCCAGCCUCAACGUGACCCGGAUUGUGCUGCGCAUGGACUUGGUCCCCCAGUAUGGCAACAUGUUUCUCGUAAUUGCUGCCUCUUGCUGGCUGCUUUACCGCUCCUUCCAGACGAUGCGGAUACCAGUCCAGGAUCUAAUCGAAAUUCUCAAAGUCGACGUUCCCGAAGCUCCCGAUGUAUCCCUGGCUGGUAUUCGCUCAGACGCCGCCACCCUUGAAUGGUCCCGCCCUCCUAGUAGUCGCCCUGUCCAGAAAUACGUCAUCCAGGUAAAUGGAGUAAAUGUUGGCAACUCGGGCCCUCAAGAUACCGCUAUAACUGUCACCGGUCUUAAACCGGCACACUUCUAUAACAUUCGCGUCAUCGCCGUUGGUUCCAACAAUUUCCAAUCUGGCAGCUCUGUAAUCCGCCUGCGUACAUAUGGAAAGGACGCCAAGCCUCAGCUUCUUAAUGGGAGGCUUCCUCCCAGCUUUGUCGACCAGCAGCAGAGCCGCCGCAGAGAGGACGACCAGGAUGGUGACUCCGAGCCGCCCAAGAGCCCCUUGCCAUCUAUUGAGGCCGCACCAACCCUGGAUCCAUCGACAAGCCGGGAUUCUGCCCCCACCGCCGUGAGCCAUCGUCGCAAUACGGUCAGCAGCAGGCGGCAUUCCCCAUCAGUUGCGAGCCUCGACCAACCCGCGCUUAAAGACAAGGCCCCAGCCACUCCCGAGACCCAGGAAUCUCUAGCAGAACUCAACGAAAAGUUUCAGCGCAUACGUAAAGAGAUAUCCGAUACAGUAGCCCAAUAUGAGCGUGAAGAGGCAGAGUUCAAGGUGCAAGAAGACCAGCUACGGAAGGAUCUGGAAAGAAAACGGCAAGCUUUGAAGGAGAAGGAGUCGAAUACGGAGCAGCUCCGUAAGCGGGUAAAUAUCACUGGAGAGCAGAUGAGAGCAGCGGAGAAAGAGCGAGCGAAGAAGGAACAACUGUUAAAGGAUAAGAAGGCGAAAUUAGCAAGCGCGCGUGGCCACAUCGCCAAAUUAGAAGCGGAGACGGAAUCCAUGCGGGCGAAACGGGAGUGCUUUGCAUCCAAGAAGGCCGAACUUGACGAAUUCCGGGAGACCAAGGUGGCCGCUCUAGACAAGGACAAUGGUGUCCUUCAGGAAGAGUGUUCUAAGCUCGAGGCCGAGCUCAAGGAGAAGGGGAAGAUGCUCAAGGAGCUCAAGCUUGAGCGCCAGAAGCUUCCCGGUGGCGAUGCCGACGAGCGAUGGAGAGAGACUGAUAUUCAGCUGAAGAAGGAAUGGGAGGCUAGGCGCAAAAUGCUCGAACAGCGCAUUCUGUCGGAGAUGCAACGCCGUCAUGAUCUGACCGCUCAGGUUCGGAUGGUUCAUAAUCUGAUCGAACAGUAUCGCGCCCAUCAGUCAGCUAUGACGAAUCCCUACCUUCAAGGAAAUCCGCCAGGCAUAGAUUUCGUGGACCAGUCGCAGCAGAAUCACCUCAAGCGCCUCAGCCGUCAGAGCAUUUCGCUCGCAGGACUUCCGCCACACAGUCAAAUUCCCCUUCAGGAGUCAUCGUAUAUCACGGCGCCUGGGUAUGGAAGCCGAGCCAGCUUUGCCCCCGGUCCGUAUGUGGACGCUUCCACAGCUGCAGAUAGUUUCGGCCACGACCAGGCAUUUAGUUCGGCGGAGAUUAGUAGUCUCACAGCGGGAGCGCCCCUGAGUCCGACUGCAACCUCUCUAAUCCCUGCAGGUAUCCUAGGCGACGAUGAUCUCCUACCUAGUCCGGAGUCGAGGCAUCUACAGAGUCCAUUUGGCCGACCCAUGUCCGCUAACUUAUUGGAUGCGGAUCCGCAAUCUCCUGCUUCGUCAAACCGGUCGCUCAGCCUGAUCUCCAGCCCCCGAAGCUCUUCACAGCAUCUACCUUUCCCAGCAUUCCCAGGCGAACCCGGAGACCGUCGAUCGAGAGAGAUUGGGGGAAUAACAUCCUCGCCAACGGCCCCUGCUGUCCAACCCUCUCGCUUUACUAGUCUGUUUUCCCCGUUCCAGCGUGCAAGAGCCGCACCAAAGGCCACGGAAGAGUUGGGACCACCACUAGGGACGUUGAAACCUGGUCAGAGCCAGUCCUUCCCGAGGCAGCUCGACGACUGGGAUGCUGCUAACAAGCGGAAGUCUAGUUUGGCCGGCGGCCUCUUCAGCCGCAACUCUGUCCACGUGGAUAGCGGCGACAGCCAUUCUACGAACAACAGCAGCUCGUUCUCUUCUAGGAGACUAAUUCCCUUUAGCUGGGCACAAGGUGUUAGCGGGCCUCCGGGAGUAUCCCGAGAUCCGAGUAGCCCUCGACCUGCUUCAAUCGCCUCAUCCGAGCUAGCUAGGGCCUCGACGGAUGGUGGUUCGAUAUGGGGCGCGCCGGGCGAUUCGAAUUUGAGCAAGAGCCGACUAUGGACGUCGUCAGAUGCGCGCUGGCACUCGCACAACCCGUCUCGACGACAGUCCGUCCAUGGACAGGUCAAUGCCCCCGAGACGACGCUCGCUUCUCCAGAAGACGAAAUUCUCGAUGACGAGGACCUGCUCAAUCCUGAGGUCUCGCCCAGCCAAGUUGGAGUCAUUGGAAGUCGCCCGCCCACCUCAGCCUCGAUCUCUCAGCGUUUGAAUCCCAAGGCACCUACCUUUAUGGCGGGUUUGUUCCGUAAGCCUGACAGAGACGGAAAAGAGAGGGUAGAAGCGCGAGCAAAAUCCAAGGAUAAGUCCAAGGACAAGGAGAAGAACAAGGAAAAGGAAAAGGCUAGUGCAUCGGGUGCCUAUCACAGUGGGGACCAAGGCUCUCACUUGGCGGGAGAUGACGACUCGCCAUCGGAUUCGCGAAAGUCGAGAGAUACCUUCUCAGUGCACACGCAAACGUCUGUUUCCGAGUCUCGCGAAUCGCUCAACCUCGACAACACGUGGUCCAACACACCCUCGGAGCCGAGCAUGGGCCUAUCGUCUAGCCUCAAGGAACAGGAUAACGUCGUCAAGAAGCUAUUCCGAAAGGGCAGCUCGAGCCGGUUCAACCUGUCGUCGCGACUGGGCAAGGAUUCCGGUUUGUUUAAGAAGGGUCCCGGAAGCAGCACCAACUCGGACAAGAAUUUCUCGGCGGAUCGCUCGAGCAUCGGCGACCUUGAUGACCUUGGUGAUGAGGCGUUACUUGGCCGAAGCUUGGAUAGUGUCACGAGUAGCCCGUCUCUCGGUCCGGCUAAGUCCCGGGACAGGGAUAACAAGGAGAGCAGGAUGAACGGCUGGAGGUUCUCGAUGAAGAAGAAGGGGAAGGAUGCUAAGGAGAGCCUGGAGUUGGAUCGUAAAACAUCCUUGAGUCUCGACUCGGAGGCGGCUACAACUGAUGAAAAUAGGUGA